CUUCUGGUAUUCAAAUAGAUGCGUGACACAUGUCGAGACGAAUCAACAGAACGGGGUUCAUGUCGAAAUUGACUGCAUCAUUGCUAUUUUGGGCACAGGCGUUGCCGUCGUCAUCAACAGUUGGUGUCGCAGCAUACUCCAUCUUCCAGUUAAAACUCUUUCAAAGCUCUGUCAGCAUUUUUUUUAAACUGAUUCAAACUGCAGCAAAAUAAAAGAUUGAACGGAAAUAAGAUUGCUCAAGAUUAGGAAUGGGGUUGCAAAACUAUUUUCGAGGAAAUAUUUCAGGAUACGUGAUGCGUAUUUCAUCCCUAUUUCUCCUAUUGGUGGCAUCAUCAUCCACAGAAGUGAUAAGUGAUGUGAGAUUAGAUGGCGGUCUUUGGAAAGGAAUCCCUACUGUUAACCUUGAGAACAAGACCAAUCUUCAGAUCUGUGCUAAUGAGACUUACUGGUGCGCCGAUGCAGCAGACGCUAUCUGUCAGUAUUUUGGAUUCGAGGGACAUAUGCUCAUCAAAUUGACUGAAGUACCCACGGAACCUGAAUCUGACGAAGAAUAUGCCUUGUGUAUGGUCGAUCGGAAUAUCACAGAUUCUCGUCUUCAGCUUGCUUGUCAGUUAACUACCGCAUGCGAGAACCUACCAACAAUCUCCUGUCUCCUUCCCGGAUAUGAGGGCUGUUACAACCGAACGGAUGACGCGCCAUUCUUUUCUGAUGGGGAGACACAAGAUUUAGGAGAGCAGUCUCUUGAUAUCCAGACCUGUGCUUCAGCCUGUAGUGAUAGUCCAUAUCUAGGACUUACGAAGGGCCAGGAAUGUAUCUGUGGAUCAACACUAGGGGAUCGUAGUCUUGUAGGAGAUUGUGAUCUGGGAUGUGAAGGAGAUGAUCUACAGUUCUGUGGGGCAGAUGACGCGAUCAGUGUCUACAGUGCUAACGUGAUCGGUAGGUGUGAUGGAGAACGGGUGGAACUGAUGCCUGGCCAGCCACAUUACAUCACAUCACCGAAAUUUCCAGAUGACUACGAAGCAGACGUGAACUGCACCUGGGUAUUGGGCAUCGAUGUUGAUAUCUCCCAUGAUUUGGAGAUAAUCUUGACCUACGACUUUGCCGACGACAACGAAACUCGUUAUCUUCAAAUCUCGUCUGCAUCCGAUGUCUUAGAACUGAGUCUUCAAGGGUCAAACGGCGCGGAGGUCCUUGAAAAGAAUCCCUACAACGCUCUUCAAGACAACAUUACGGUGUCUUUUACACCCCCAGAGAGUGGGACAGGUUUCGUCAUGAAAAUCUCUCUUACGCCUAGUCCAGUGUACACCACCGCUCCAACGGUAGCUAUGACCACGUCCAAGGCUACACGGAAUGCCGAUAUGGACAAACUAGCUAUGUCAGCUGUUGUUGGAGUCAUCUUUGUUGUUUUUCUUCUGAUCUAAGAAGGAACUAAGUGAAUCGUGAUAUAAGUUUUUUUUUUUCAACUAGCUCAUUCUUAAGCAUGAUUAUGAUAUAUCUAAAUAAUGAUUAAAUGGUUUUUGUAUUACUUAAAACAGUAUCCGUGCACUUGAAAAUAAACCGAUAAUGAAUCCAAAUACAAAUGAUAAUAAAAUAAAUCCAGAAGCGAACAACGACGUAAUGAUAAUAAUUAUGAUGAUUCAAUGAGCAUUGUCAGAAAUUACAAGAUUGUAAGGUAUAAGAACAUUCCAAUCAUUAUCUAGAUCAAUGUUUUUUCGACACCACUUUCUUUCCAAGUGUAUUUUAAUGUUCGAAAGAAAAAUAAAGGGUUCAUUGAUUUCGGAAACAAUUUAGAACUAUUUUAAAUCGCUAUUGUUUGAAAUAUAUUUAGUUUAUUUAAUUUAAAUUUUAUGAAAAUUAAUAUAUAUAGCAAAAAUCACAUAUCAUUAUGAAUCAAUAAUCGAUCAAUGUGGUAGGGGAAUCCAAACAAGCAGUUCCUUAGGGGUUGGGUACUAUACCAUUAUUCAAUAUAUCAUUUUAUUGAUUAAUAUGGGGUUUUCCAAACCUCAAAGCACUCUAUGUAAUAAAUUUGAUGGUGAAGGGAUAAAUUCAAAUUGCUUUUUACUUACAGAACCAUCGCUGAUA